AUGUUAAAUCGACCAUUACACAAAUUUAUAACCAAUGGUUUAAAUAUAGUUAAUAGUAGAAAUGUAAUCACCACAACUACAUGCAUUCAAAAUAAUAAUAAUAACAAAUACUAUUAUUCAACAAAGAAUAGUAGUAAGAAUAAUAAUAAGGAUAAAGAUAGUUCUUCUUCUUCUUCUUCUCCUACAGGAGAAUUGGUUGAUAAAAGAGCAAUUAUUACAAAUAGAUUAAAUGCAGACAAGAAAGGAGAUGGAUUGUCACAAGAGAUGGUUGAUGAGAUCUAUCGUCAGAAUCAACCAAAGGACAAGAGCCAUUUACCUCUCUUUGAUAUGAGUAGAGUCGCAGUUAAUAGAUACUUGGAGGAAGCCUAUUCAAAGGCUGCUGAAGAAUACGAAAAAGGUGAAUAUCAACAAGCUUUGGAGAGAUACUUUUGGAUCAUCAACAAGGUUCCAUAUGAAUCAGCUGCCUAUCUUCAACGUGCUGUUGUCUAUGAAACUAUUCAUUCAUAUGAAGAAGCAAUUCAAGAUUGUGACAAGGUUAUCUCCAUGUCCAACUCUUCUGAUCAAAUUGCAGAGGCAUAUAUGUUAAAAGGUCAUAGUUUAAUGGGUAGAACAAAGUUUAGUGAAGCUGCAACUGCAUUCAAGGAUAGUUUGAUGUAUGUUGAAAAUGAAGAGGUUAUGGAGUUGAUGAAGAAAGCAUUGUCAUUGGUUGAUCCAGAUCAAAUCAUGGUACCAAGAUUCGAAGAUGAUUAUCAAUUUUUUUCAUUAUUAUCACAAGAGAUGGAUGGAAAUGCAUUGAUAAAGAAUUCAAAGUUACAUGGACGUGGAUUGUUUGCUACAAGAGACUUUGAUGCAGAAGAGUUGGUGUUUGAGACGAGAUCGUUGUUUUCAAUCUCGGACAAGGCCGAUACCAAGGAAAUGGUUGAACACGAUUCUGAACAUUGUCACAAUUGUCAGAUCAACUUUAGAGCAGUUGCAUUUGAGCACGAACAGGUGAUUGAGAGAUCAAGAGAGUAUAAGCGAUUGGUAGAGACUGUUUCCAACAUGACUAGAUUGCCUGUUGGUCGUAUCGAGCCUGUCGAAUGUCCAGAUUGCAAACGUGUGCAUUACUGCUCGACAGAUUGUCAACAAGAUAAUCACGAAUCACACGUACAUAUUUGCGAGAGGGAUAUUGUUGUGCGUAAAUUAACCGAUCAAUUAAAGGUAGAGAUCUCGGCCAUCAGUGACGCUACCGAACGUCUCUGCUACACUUUGAUGUACCGUUUGUUUGCUCACCAGUCUCCCAAUGGAGACCAAAGCAAAAUCAUCAGAACCUUGGAAUUGGAUCAUUUGGUCAAGAGAUUGGCAUACGCACAACCAAGUUCAUUCCAAACACAACCACAACCACAAACUCAAACCACCAAUGAAAAAGAGACAACUACCAAGUUUUUGGCACCAUCAGCUUUGGCAGCUCAACGAGUCCUAUCUAAAAAAGAUCAAAAGGUUUACAAGAUUGUAAAGGAUAUCUUUAGUUCGAGACAUAUUACAGAGGAAUUGUUUUAUCGUAUCAAAUCGAUUAUACAACUCAAUAUGAUGUGUUUCUUUACGAGCAGGGUUGAAGUACAAUGCACACCAUCACCAAUGGACGAGUUGGGAUACAAUUUUGAUUUUGUAGAUGUGCCCGACAAGUCACUUGCCGGUCUUCCAGUACAUAUCUCCUUUAUGAACCAUUCCUGUUCACCAAACGUUGUCAUUUCAUCGCCAAUCAUCAACGACAAACAAAUCCGUAUCAUUACCACUCGUCCUAUCCGACGAGGUGACGAAAUAUUAAUCAGCUACAUUGAAGGUGAAAAACUAACAACCGAACACAGAAGACAAUCACUCAAUGAAUCAUUUGGUUUUGUCUGUCAAUGUCCAAUGUGGUAUCUCUUUAUUUUACCCACCGCACAUUAUGGUGUUGGUGUGAGCCUUGAAGAAGACGGUGGAGGGUUGUUUCGAGCAGGCAGUGGAGGAAUUUGGGGAUUGUUAUUCCCAGUAACUCAGUUUUCAUUGAUUAUAUCUUUAGUCUUUUCUUUAGAUAAUCAAUCAAUCAAGUUAAUGAUGUAUUACGCAGCUACCCCAACAAUGACCUUUGUCGCACCCCAAGCCAUGCAAGGAAUGUGGUAUUACAAUCUCUACGCUCAAUUGCAACAACAACAACUUGCUGAGAUGUAUGCUUGGUUUAUGAAUAUCUAUCUCUAUCAACAUAAUAUUAAUAUCUGUAUCCUUUUCUCUCUUCCUCUCCUUUUAGGCAUGGAUAGAAAUAGAUCUGGUUCUAUUUCACAUGUUGAAUUACAAUAUUUGGUUAUUGGUGGUACUGCUCUCGGUAUCGAUACUGCUUCCAAGUUGAUCAAGUGUUUCGAUAGAAAUAGAAACGGAACUGUUGACUUUUAUGAAUACGCAGCACUCCAUCAAUUCAUCAAUGUCUUACAUAGAUGUUUCGUUGCCAAUGACAGAAACUACUCUGGAACCAUUGAUUGUAAUGAAAUCCAUUCAGCUCUUGCCACUGCUGGAUUUAUGCUUCCAUUCCACACUGUCCAAUUAUUCUUUUUAAAGUACUCACCAGUUGGUAUGGGUAUCUUGUUUACUCAAUUCUUGAAUCUCUGUGCCUCUAUUGCCCUAUGUCGUUCACUCUUUGAAUGGAGUGAUCCAGCCAGAACUGGUAUGGUCCAUAUCACUUUGCAACAAAUGUUGGAUAUGUUUGCCCUUGCCUAA